AUGACUACUCUCACUCAGAUAAAUCAACACGGAGUCUUAGGUAUUCCGAGCCAGAAGAGCUGCAAUGGCUUCAUCGAUAGCUACCACAAGUCCCCGAUAGUGACGACACGCGAAAUUUAUACACACCGCUCUUCGAACGGGCACGAAGCUCAGUUACUGGAAACCCCUGUGAUAACUGGCGAAGCCCAUUUGGAUAGCCAGAGCUUUCAAAAGGCUCUGCUUGCUUCAGACCAAAGAGUACUUGACAUCCGAAGCAAGGGUUCUUGCCCUUUGGACUUGCAUGCAAAGACCCUAGAGGGCCUUUCACAGCCAUCUGGAUCCAAAUUUUUGCCGUCGCUACUUCUCUGGGACAACAAGGGGCAGGGCCUCUAUGGUGAUAUCCUUGAGACGAAGCACUACUAUCCGUACCGUGUAGAAAAUGAGCUUUUGGAACAACAAAUCCACGACAUUGGCAAAAAGGUUGCAUCCACUGGCUGCGAGGUGCUUCUUGAACUUGGUGCCGGCAACAUGCAAAAGACAACGCUCCUACUGAACGCCAUUGACGCUCAUGGAAUACAACUUACCUACUACGCUCUAGACGUAGACCACGCCGAACUUGAGUCUUCGCUUUCAGGGUUGGAAGCCAGGACCAAUCUCCAAAAUAUCAAGCUACGGGGUUUGUUGGGGACUUACGAGGAUGGCGCCAAUUGGCUGUCGACCGCGCAGGAAGUGAGAAACAAGCGCAAAACUUUGGUCUGGCUGGGAAACAGCAUUGCAAACUUCACGCCCCAUGAAGCUAGCGAGCUACUUGGGUCUUUCACGAAGUUGCAAGCCGGCCAGAGCCUGCCAGGCUUCGUUCUUGGUAUUGAUGGGUGCCAAGACAAGUCGAUGAUCGAGUGCGCCUAUGACACCCCGGGAGGACAAUCAAGACGGUGGAUUAAGUAUAUCUUAGAAGCCGCCAGAAACCACUUGGGCCCGGAAGCAGCCGAGCUUCUUGAUGAUGACAAUUGGAGGGUUGAAGGUGGAUGGGAUGCUCAGAAUCUCCGAUUUGAGAACUAUCUUUCGGCUGCGAUUCCAAUUGCCUGCACCAUCGGAGAUACUAGAAUUUCCAUCAAACGCGGAGAGAGAGUGCACAUAUUGCGCAGCGGGAAAUGGAGCAAGAGUGACGUUGGCAGCAUCUGUGCCAAACAAAGCCUGGACAUUGCUGAGUGGUGGAAUGGCUUAGAAGUUGACUACGUAUAG